AUGUCGGCGGCUACAAACGCUGACGCUGCUGUUAUUGCAAUACGCACCUACCUCGCCUCCAAGACUAUCACGCCGACCACACAAUGGCUACAGUCCUACAAGCCUUCCAUCAAACUUCAGACUCCGCUCAUCGUCCAGCAAAAGUCCGCCGAGUCUCGUCUGCUCAGCACCGACUUCACAUCCACCCUUCAGCCCACCGCAGCCUCUUGCUUUCCUGCCGGUAUAGCAAGUCCUGAAGUGCAAGCCCUGCGCGUCCCUGGUCCCGUGGCCGUCCAGAUCCUAGAUAUUGACGAUGUUGGCCGCAGUAAAUGGAGUCAGGUCGAGGCUAUAGAGAUGGAAGAGCGAGGCGAGAUGCGCAAGGGCCACGAAGUCAUUCGAGUUGUCGAUGACGAGCAAGACAACACUGACAUGAACCCUCCCGCAAAGUCUGCCGAAAAGGGUGGUCCACACAAACUAUUGCUGCAGGACGCUCGAGGCACCAAGGCCUACGCCUUUGAGAUGGAAAAGAUUGAGAAAAUCAACGUCAGUAUGGCUAUUGGGUCUAAGCUUGUACUUAGGGACUUCACUGUGUCCAGGGGUGUCAUCAUGCUCGGACCUGCCAAUACAGAAGUGCUGGGAGGAAAAGUCGAGACAUGGGAUAAGAAGUGGAGGGAGAACAGAAAGAAAGUUCUCAAAGAGCAGGCUGGAUGGCAGGAAGGAAUGGGUUUCGGCAUGCAUGCUGGCUGAAGCUCGCUUUGCUCAUCCCAAUCGGCCUCAUAAAACCACUAAACAACUCGCGACUGUCGACGUCUGCUGCUUUUCGAGUUGAAGAAGAUACAAGCUUGCACGACUGGCUAGCGUGCCCGAUGAUGCACACCACAGAGAAUCAGAAGAACAGAUGACCACCUCCGGACGCCGCAACAUAGCAGGGAGAGCCACCAUGCCACGAAUGUCAGUCACUUGGCGCGCCAUCUCGGAAGCGUUUUGGGAGAGAAAAUGGUUCUCAUCGGUUUUCUGCAAGCUUCUGCUCAGAAUUGCAGCUGAGAAGCUAGGUCGAAGCGAUCAAAACAGAACCGGAGAACGACCUACAAACUUUUCGAGGAGGUUGCAGAGAGCUCUUUACGCACCAUUCGCUGUAUAUAGCAAGCACUCUUGCAAUAUUUACC